AUGGCUUCCCGGGCAGGUCCGAGAGCAGAAGGCACAGACGGCAGUGACUUUCAACACCGAGAACGGGUUGCAAAUCACUAUCAGAUGAGCGUCGCUUUGAAGUCUGAAAUCCGUAAACUUAACAUUGUGCAUCUGCUGAUCUGGAUCCUGAUGGCUGCUCAGGUGACGGUGAGCCAGUUGGGCCUGGUGUCUCACAAGAUCGUGGCCUCGCCGUACCAGUGGGAGUACCCCUACCUCCUGAGCGUGGCCCCGACCGUCUUCAGCUUCCUGGCGCUGCCCCGGAACAACAUCAGCUACCUGGUGAUCUCCAUGAUCAGCGCGGGGCUGUUCUGCGUGGCGCCGCUCCUCUACGGCGGGAUGGAGAUGUUCCCCGUGGCCCAGCAGCUGUACCGCCACGGCAAGGCCUACCGCUUCAUCUUCGGCUUCUCGGCCGUGUGGGUGAUGUACCUGGUGAUCGUGGUGGCCGUGCAGGUGCACGCCUGGCAGAUCUACUACAGCAAGAAGCUGCUGGACCAGUGGUUCACCAGCACGCAGGAGAAGAAGAAGAAGUAG